AUGUAUGCGCAUCCUACGGAUAAACUGAGGAGUCAGGGAUACUUUGAUUCUAGAAACAUUCGAGACCACCAGCUCAACCACGAGCUCGCGUCGAUCCGCACGUUUAUUCACGAAACACGAGUAGAGAUCCUGGCCUACAUCAGGAACCAGAAGCUGGGAAAUCCUACCUUACCUAUCGAACUCAUCGUCUCGCUCCGUGACGAGGGCCCGGUGCUCCCCGAUGAGACUCAUUUCCCGAAGCACGCAGAACAGUUUUACACCCUGCGUCACCCGAUCACAUAUCAGCGGGUUCGGAUGCUUAGCUGUCUGGUGGACUUCUACGAUGUUCAAUACCAGAAUUGGCAGGUCUCUGGCGACGAUGCGGACCAUUGCGAAACAUAUACUGAUGAGGCCGAGGGCGGUGCCUACUAG